AUGUGAGCCAAAAUCUAAACAAACUGCAAUUUGCCCACACAUGACUGAGGCAGAGAAAGACAGGUGACUAGAAAUACUAAAACAAAACAAAACAAAAACAAAGGAGAAAAAAAGGAAAAGAAAAUACAUAUUUCUUCCCCCUACUUAAAGCUAGCUAAAAUAAAAUUUAAGGCAACCGAAAUAUGCAUCCAAUCUGUGUGAGAAGAGACCCCAGCAUCCCUACCUAUGGACUCCGACAGUCUAUAUUACUGAACACCAGGUUUCAGGACUGCUACGUGGAUUCACCAGCUCUCACCAACAUCUGGACGGCCAGAACAUGUGCAAAGCAGAGCAUCAAUGCCCCAGCAUCAGGUACGACUUCUUCUUGGGAAGUUGUAAAGAACCCAUUAAUUGCCAGUUCAUUCUCCCUAGUUAAGCUGGUACUGAGGCGACAACUGAAGGAUAAGUGCUGCCCAGUACCACGAAAGUUUGGAAAAACAAAAUCCGUGAAGAGGUUCAAGCCCAAGGACAAUUCAGCACUGAAAGUCACCCAGCGGGGCACAAUAAGAAACUCCAUCAGUCCCAAGAACAAGCGGCCAGUGGGGCAGUGGCUGGGCUCACCGAGGUGCAGGAGGCCUGCGGGAGGCAAGAACGAGAGUAAAGAAAGUUCAAAGGAGAAAAAAGUAACAGUCCGCCAAGAUCUUAAGAACAGAUAUGCUGAACCUGUGGCAGCUACCCAAGUGCCACCCCGGGACACUGGGACAGCAGCCUGGAAGGGCCUAGUGUUGCUUCCUGAAACCAGAAAGAUACAGUUGUCGGAUACGCUAACCAUUCACGGCCUCCCCACAGCCGGUUACCAGGCUCUGUACCACGCUGUGGUUGAGCCGAUGCUGUGGAAUCCUUCAGGAACCCCCAAGAGGUACAGUUUGGAGCUGGGCAAGACUAUUAAACAAAAGCUCUGGGAGGCUCUAUGCAGGCAGGCUGCUCCUCCUGAUCUUCAAAAGCACCUGUUGUCAGGUAAGAAGCGGCUGGAGGUCCACGAGGAGCCCGUGCUCAAAAAAGGGCCCAAGUUACAGAGCGAGAAAUAGAAUAGGAACUCACAGCACUACGUUAUUCUCUGCUGGAUGUCUGAGAAAUAAACAUCACUUUUCACCU